GUGACGGCCUCCUCCCGAUUCUCUUUCUAUUUUAUUCCGCGACUCUGACAUUCCGCCAUACCGCAGUGACCGAACUUUCAAAGGGCCUCGACGAUCUCACAAUAAGCCUCUUCCGCCGCCUCAUACAAGUCUACACACACAUACGCCUCUACUCACUACCGCUUCUCCGAUCCGCCCUCUACUCGAUCCAGCCCACACCGUCUAGUGCUGUCUCGCCCUGCCUCAUUCUCACCGGCAACCGAACAAAGGAAAACGAACAUUUCCUACUCUGCCAGUAAAUUCUUUUACUGGACCCUUGGAUAUCCGAACGCCCGCCCGCCUGGAUUCUUUGUCGCUUUCGUCGAUAUUUCCAGCACACCCUCCCGUCAUCCCGAAUUCCAAGGUCCAGACUUCCCUGCUCUCUGCCACCCCGUCCCAGCUAUAACUCCAGGGUCCCUGUCUUGGAGGCUUAAAUAACUCCCGCUGCGUCCCCGGCUUUUUCAAAACACCACCAGCCAAGCAACUCAUCUACGCGAAAACCAGUAUCACGCGUCAUUUAUCUCACGCCAACACAAACCACAACCAUAAAAAACCCGCGCAUUCCAUCCCAUCUUGCAUUCCUACCCGCCUUCCAGUCCACAAGUAGCCGCCACUAUCAGACUAUAAACAAAAUGUCACCAGCACAAGACCAAUAUUACUACGUUGUUCCCAACGCCAGCGCCAUGGAUCCCAACGCUAGAGAAUUUGACCUCGCUUCACAAGGCUGGAUCCAAGCCACCAUCAUCGAAGAUGACGAUCUCAUGUUUGGCGGCAAGUCUUUGAGCACCUGGUAUGAGGAGGAGAGGAGACGCCUGAGCAACGGUUCCUCGGACGAGGAGGAGCACCGCGGUCGCCAACGGGUCCGCAAGCACCACUCUUCUCACAAGCAUCAUCACCACUCCUCGAAGCAGCACUCUGCCAGCUCCGACAAGAAGCACUAAGCGCGCCCUCUUUCAGCUCUCUAUCUCUUUUGGUAUAGACCGCCAUCACCGCGAUACCCUUUGCGAGCGCUUGAAUUUCAUACCCCUUUCACGUCGACUCUGUUAUCCAGCAUGGAUACCUGUGUCGACUUUCUCGCCUCCCUUCCUCACCUCAAUACCCUCCUCUGUGUGGCAUUGGGUACACUGGCGUUUGUUUUUAUCAGCGUUGCAUGUUUCGGCUGGGUCACUAGAACGGCUUCAUGUCCAAAGAGAGGACAGCAACCAGCAUGGGAAAUCACGGGAGCCAAAGCAGAAAUCCGCAUUUCUCCGGCACCACCUUUCGUUUUAAUUGUUAUUGCAUUGAUCGCAACGGCCUGCGAUAGCGUCAUGAUUCGCAUCUAGAUGGUUUUGGGGCAUCAUCACCAGACACUCUCUGACUCGAACGUCGAGAGCUGACUUGUUAUUUUGCAUGAGUGGAUAAAGUCAACUCGGGGGAUUUGUGCAGCGGAGGCAUCAUACACGUACUGUACCCCGUUGCGGGACGGCGUGGCUACAGGUUAGCAAGAUAAGACUGUUGCGAGGCAACGAAGGCGAGCAGUGGAGCUUCAUCUUGGGCUGAGUAGCGGUGAGAGCUGCGCCUCGGCUCAGAGCAUGGGGCCCACGAGAAUGAAUACAAAUCAG